AUGAACUCAGAUGACUUUAGGGAUGUCAAUGCUACCCUUCAAAUUGCAGCCAUCCACUUGGGGCUACAUCAAGCCUGUGAUUCGAUGAAAGAGACGUAUGUCGAAGCACUGAAUGGAAAAAAGGCCAUAUACUCUUAUCUGGAUGCACAAUGCCAUAUUCUCGAUCACUUUUUUGAUAUGAUUACCUAUAGGUAUUCAAUAUUUGGUAUUUUGGAAAGGAAUAAGGUUGAUAUCAAUAUGUUAAAGAAGAAACAGGCAGAUUUGGAUCCGCUUCCCAAGCUUAAUGACGUAGGUACUAGUGUUUGA